AUGGAAAAUUUUCAUCAGAAAGAGCUGUCUUUGUUUGUUACACCCCCUGCAGACACGUCAUUACAAUCGAGAGAAUGGAUUACAUACCGUCCAGUAAAUCAAGUGACAAACGCAUCCGCUCUCGAAUUUAAUAUACCGGGUCAUACAUCGGCGUACUUGGAUCUAAAAAGAAGCGUGCUCAACCUAAAACUGCAAAUAGUCCACGGGGACGGUAGUGCAGUAGAUCCGGACGAAGUAGUUGGUCCUAUCAAUUUACCAUUACACACCAUAUUCGGUCAGAUCGAUGUAUCUCUUCAACAAACGCCUUUUUCGCAUACAGGAAUCAAUUAUCCCUAUAAAGCGGUCAUCGACACGAUAUUACAGUCCAACGAAAAUAUGCAAAUUAACCUACUGACCAGCCAACUCUUCCAUAAAGAUACGGGAGACGUUGGUACCAAUGAUGGUAAAACAGGAAGUAAUGGUGGACUAUUUUUCAGAUACAGACUCGCUAAAGGUAGCAAAAUUGUAGAAACGGAAGGACCAUUACACUUUGAAUCUUUUCAACAGUCGAAGCUACUCAUUAACGGAGUCUCUGUAGGUAUAAAACUCCAUCCUACCAGAGACCCAUUUAGAUUAAUUACAGGCACCGUCAAUCCCGAUUAUCGAGUGAAAAUAGUGGACGCAUAUUUUAAACUAUGUAUUCAACGUCUAGCUAGUAGCGUACUUAUAGCGCACGAAAAACUUAUUCAAGACACACCAGCCGUAUACCCUUACUUACGCACAGAGAUCAAAACGACAGCUAUUGCUACGGGUCAAUUCAGUUACAGCGCGGACGAUAUCUUUCAAGGAUUAGUGCCCAGUAAACUGAUUGUAGGUCUAGUUCCGAGUGCCGCGUUUAAUGGUGAUUACGCGCAGAACCAUUUCAACUUUAAACAUUACAACUGCAGCUUUGUAGGACUCUAUGUGGAUGGACAGUCUUUACCUAGCCAAACGAUGCAACCUAAUUAUACGGCUGAUCAGUAUGUUGAGUGUUACAGAACAUUAGCUCUCUACAGAAGCGAUGUGAACAUCUCCAGACAAGAUUAUAAGAAUGGCUACUGUUUGUAUGCCCUAGAUAUUGACCCCUACUAUUCAUUCAACACGAAAAGGAGGGGCCAUUGUCGUCUAGAACUCAAGUUUGCAGAGGCUUUACCAGAGAGCGUCACCUUGAUUAUGUACGCCACAUUCCCAGAAGUACUCAAUAUUGACAACCAAGGGCCGUCUAUAGGAAAUGAAUAA